AUGGAGAGACCGGCCAAGCGGAUGAAGAUCACAAACCCUGAUGUACGAAAUCCUCGAGACUCGGGUUCGAGAAGGACCGAAGGACUAUUCACCUCGGAGUUGGGCAUGCGAAGUGACGAGACAGAUAGAGAGAUCCUUCCAACCCGCACCAUCAGUCUGUUAGACUUGCAGAGACAAAAAGUAUUUGGGAACUACCAACAAUCCCCACGACCUGUUUUGCCGCGGAGGAAUGCUGGAAUCUACCUGUUACCCCGGGCUCCCGAUGCUACCGUCACAGCCAGUGUUGUCCAGGUCAACGUCAAUGACGGCACAACAACCUCGAAAGUCACCGAAGUGCCUGUGGCCACCACUGGUGCCGUCGUAUCCUUGACAGACGUUGGUUCCUUGACGACUGCCCUCUCUCUCACGAUUCCUGGUCUCUCCAACAGUACCACCCCCACUGGAUCCGGUACCGAUUCGGCUCAGGAGACCAUCACGUCUUCAACGACUCCAUUGCCGCCUGAUACAUCGACAAUUACCUCUGUUACGACGAGUUCAAGUCCACUUCCACCAGUCAAUGGAACUGUACCAAUCCCUACCACCAGUACCGAGCAGCGGACUGUCACCGUCACUGCAACGUCAACAUUCGAAAUCUCCUUGAUCAACGGCACGAUUCUCGCCACGGAGCCGUACUUUGGAGUAACCUCUACCAGGACUAAAAGUACUGGCACCGGCAGUAGCAGUGCUUCUCGAACUUAUACUUUUGGUGAACUUCCCUCCACUCCGCCGGGCUCCUCUCACGGGUCCCCUACGUCUACUGGGUCCGACUCGUCUGCAACUUCGACUGAUUACUUCGCGGGCGCUGCAGGAGCGAGUGGCGCCGGCACGACUACACCCACAUCGGACCCAGCGUCCACCUCCAGCUCAAGCUCAGAUGGAGGCGGAGGUGGGGGAAGCAGCACAGGUCUUACGCCGACUCAGCAACAAGUAGUAGGAGGCGUCGUUGGGGGCGUGGCUGGGGUUGCACUGACGCUGGUCAUAAUUCUCUUUCUCCUUCGCUGGUAUCGACGUCGGCUGAAAGCACGCGGUCAACUUCCCGAGCAGAUUGCAGCCCGGGAGCUUUCAGGCGGCGGAACUGGUGAGGCGUACCCCAUGUCGCAGCGGUCGUCCACCACUCCUCUGGCAGCUGUCGUGGCUCAUGGAUUCAAGCGCCUCCGACCUCACAGCAAUCAAACCCUUGGUACGACCGUCACUGCUGACACAACAAGUAGCGUGCCAGAGUCUGAACGUGGCUUCCAGCGAAUUGCAGGACGGAAGAUAGCCCCCGUCAUAGGCAGUGGCGGUGAUCCAUAUGGUGGGAACUACGGCGCCUUUGAGAAAGAUGUCGAUGCAGGUCCAUCGAACAUACCUGAGAUUGGCCUGUCAGGUGCUUCAUUCUACCAAGAUAACCGCGGGUUCUACGGGGGCCAGGGAGUUCAAACACCAACAAUACCCUCGUCGCCAAUCACCGCUACCUCGGCUGCAAAGACUGGAGAGAUGUCAGCCGCUACUGGGGCCGCUUCUAGCACAAGAGAUUUCGCCGACCCUCGCGUUCCAUCAGCGCUCAACAGCAGUCAAGCUUCUUUGACGACGCCCACCCGGCCCGAAGGAUAUGCUGUUAUGCGGCCGAGUCCCGCCCGGACUCCCGUAACGCUUAGUCCCGCUGCGAGCUCUAUUCGACUACCCAUUCAACAGCCUCCGAGCAUGGAUGAGCACGCGCCGCCGAUGCCAGUGUCUGCACUGCGCGAUGGUGUAGGCCGAAGUCUUGCCAGUCAAGAUGGUAGUCGAGUGAGUAAGAGCAGUGGUCGAAGCGCAGGAAGAUUUACGGAAAACAUGUGA